AAAAGGAGGACUGCUUAUCCCUCCGUACACCUCGAGUGUGUCGCGGGAACUGUUGACUCUCUGAGUGCGUGAGGGAGGAAGCGAAGGUCGACUGAAGCAGAAAUGGAGGAAGCAAAAGGGGUUGUGCAGCACGUGUUGGUCGCCAAGUUCAAAGACGAUGUUUCGCCUCAAAAGAUUGAGGAGCUCAUCAAAGGCUAUGCCAAUCUCGUCAAUCUCAUUCCACCCAUGAAGUCCUUCCAUUGGGGCAAGGACGUGAGUGCUGAGAAUAUGCAUCAAGGGUUUACUCAUGUAUUUGAAUCAACGUUUGAGAGCACAGAGGGGGUUGCAGAGUAUGUAGCUCAUCCUGCCCACGUUGAAUUUGCAAACUUGUUCCUUGCCCACUUGGACAAAGUGAUUGUGGUUGACUAUAAGCCUACCAUUGUUCACCUUUGAUUUGAUGGUUUGUGGCUUGGUGCGACUUGCUUAUAGCCCGUGUUGUUGCUGUAAAACACGAAUAAGCUUUUAUCGAUGAACAUUUUGGUACACUCACCUUGUUAUCAUAUCUCACUCGAUGAGGUGUGUUUUGCUGGUGGCAAUUCUAUACUGACUUGAGAA